CGCUCCGGGGCGGCGCGCGCGUCUGGUGCCGCCGCGGGCUGCGUGGCGGUGCGCGCCUCCCGGUGCGCCGGGCUUCGGCCUUGGGUUUGGUUUUGUGUGUGUGUUUGGUUUUUUCUUCCCCCAGUGAUAGUUACUGUUUUCGUGAUAAGACAGAAGGCGAAACAACAGAAAUGACGAUUUCGAAGCAUUUUAAGUAACAGUUUCUGAAGUCAGAAAUUCUCUGCUUUCAGCCUGGACUAAAAAAAAAUCUCUUGAAUUGAAAAGAUAAUAAAGAAGGCAAACUCAAGGAUUCAGUAUGACACAUCUGUUCACAGUGGUUUUUACUGUACACCCCUAGCAUGGAUUUUGGGAAGCAGGAUAUGAAAACAGCUGCUUUUGAGGAGGACUGUCUGUCAGAGAAGACUGCCAGUGAUCUGGCAAGAGUAGUGCCAUCUCCCACCAGAAUAAUUGAGAAAGUCAUGCCUCUCUUACCCCCAGGCUGGGUUCACAGCACGAGUCAGUCUUCCAGCAAGCAGUUUCCACUUUCAUACAGUUCAGAAGCCAGCUGUAAGAUGGACAACAGUAGUGACUGCUCAAAUAACUUGGGCAAUGACCAAGAGUUUCAUGCAAGGCAAUUAUAUUACUUGGCCAACUCUGAUUUUUUUCCUCAAAUGUUGGCUUCCAGUGUAACCCAGACUGGUAUUCUAGAGGCCAGUAAAACCAGUGACACCUUGGAAACAUUCAAUUCUUGUCUGCUCUCUGCCUCAGAUCCUCAGAUGAGACCAGAAGCUACAACAUACAAAAGCAUAGACCAGAGUCCAGGGCAGCUGGACCAAGGGAUGAGGCAACAGAUGGAGCAACUACAAAGGCUGGUGGCUGAACAGCAGAAAAUCAUUGCAUUCUGCAAUCCAGGCUUUUCAGUUUCUCCUGGGAUACCUUCUCAUCUAGUUGCCACAAUGGCAACCCUACCAUGCUUUCCUGCUACUUUAAUCCCUGUCCCGCUCCCAUCAGAAAAUUCUUCACAAGUCCGGAGCCAAGACUGCUCACAGACUGGUCUCUUGGUAAUGCACUCUACCCUACAAAGCAGGUCCCCGCUAUUGGUGCCAAAUGAGAGCAGCUCAGAAAUCUCAGGAGAGCACAUGCAACUUUCAGAUUCAGGGACAAACACAAAGCCAUUGCUGCAGUGUGCUGGGAGUCCCACAAAAAUGCUUCCCAGACAAGAUGCUCAGGAAAAGGAUGUAAUGGAAGACAAAGCUAAUAGCCAAUUAGAAGAAAGAACUUUCCCUGAAACUAUUUCUGCAAUUGAAGAACAAGUUAAUGAGGAGUUUGCUCCUUCUCCCUUUGGCAUGAAGGUGACAUUGAAGACUAGAAGUCUGGAAGACAGGCCAGUCACACCAGGAACUGGUAUAAGACAGAAGACUUUUGAAGAAUUUGUUGAAGAACAACUUAAAGUAGACACUCAACUCAUAGAAAAACAGCAGCAGGAACAACAGAGCAAGGCAAAACUAAACCCUCGGAAGUUUUUUCUGAAACGAAGAGAAGGUAUUGCAAGGCUCAAAAAAAAUAAAGAGAACCUUUUAAAAGAACAGACAAAGCAUUCCAGAAGAGCUGAUUUUGACUGCUGGAGUCACUCCCCCUGGCCUGGCCCAGGGCGUGCAGGCAUACUGCAGCUAGGGAAAUGCCCUAAGUUAAAUCUGCCGGCCAGAAGCUCCGUGCAGAUGGGUGCACAUGAACAACAUGCAAAUUGUGCUUUAGAUAAGAGGGAAAUGAAGGCUCAGACUGAAUGUGAACCAAAAGCACUUGAGCAAAGUGCACAAGAAAGAGAAGGGAUUGUAGGAGAUGAGGAUACAAAGGGGGGUCCUACUGCCUCAUUUCAGAUAAACUGGCCUGAACUUCUGCAACGGUGUCAUGAAACAGUAACAGAAAAGAACCUACAAGUAAAUGAGGAAAGUGAAACUCAUCGUACAGAUCCUCUAGAGGAAGCAAACAGAACUGAAGGAAGACUUAUGGAAAGUACUGUGCAAAAGGAUGUAGGUGUGGUAGGCCAGCCUCUGAUGGGUGAUCUCACAGAGAGAGCGAAAAACACCUUUGAAGUCCUACAAAGGCAUUCUCCACUUCAGAAUUUAGAAGGAGGCCAAAUCAGGCAGACAGAAGGGAGUGCAGCCCCUGCAUUCAUGCAGAGUCAGAAAGGGGAUCAAAUAUGUCCUGAGGAACUUGUCACAGGGAGCCAGCGCUCAGAAAGCAAAAGAGGAGUCUGUACUGGGUUUAAUAUGGUCAAUGAUAAGAUAGUAAAAAUUGCCCUUAGCUCACCGCAGGCUGUGGAGAAGAAAAGCUCAUCCCUGGCAUUCCAGCAGGGAUGGCAAAGGAACGGCACAGCCCCCGCAACGUGCCGUGUUGCAUCUUUGUCCUGUGAGUCAAGCUUCUUAUCUUCUGACAGUGAUGGUGACCUCAAAUCUCACCAUGAUUGUUAUCCCUUGAACUAUGGGGUUCAGGAGGUAGACUGUACUGGCAGGCAUUUGGAUCUCUGUGAUGGUGAUUAUGCCAGUGAUGAGCCCAGUGGAACAGAAAAAAUGCCUGUGAAAAAGUACAGCAGAUCAACUCCAAGAAAACAAGAUGUUCAAGAGCUCUCAAGGCAACGAGGUCUGUCUCUCAGCACAAGCAGCAGUGAUUCCAGUACUGGAGUUGUCAGGCCAAAAGGGAGCAAGGCUCACUCUUCUCUUCAGCAAUCUCCAGUUCACCUCAUAAGAUGCAAAAGGAGAGGGCAUGAGCCUAAAUCAAAGAAUGAGAAUGGUGUCAGAGAUGUUAAAAGCCUGGAUGUGCCACCCUCAACAGCAGUGAGCCAGAUUCCUACUUUCAAGUUCAAAGAAACCCCUGCAGUGGAGAAACCAUGGAAAAAACUGUCUACAAACACAUUAAAAACCCAAAACAUCCUUACCAGAGGAUUAGAGGCUGUUGUAUAUCUUGGAGGAACCCCUUCACUGACUAGGAUGAAAGAAGAAGAGAAAGCAAGGCAUUUUCUCAGAACACGAACGGAUGAGUGUGAGACCAUCGGGAACCAGGAGCUGACUCACCCUUUGGAAUACAGUAAAGAGCAAAUUCAAACACUGCAGAAAGAAAAAGGUGAACGUAGUAAGUUCAAAGGAAGAUCUAGAGUCACUGGAGAAAAUGUGAAAUCAGAAGAAAUACAAAUAUUAAAGCAGCAGAUUGCAGGACUGCAGGAGGAGUUCAAGAGAAACAAGUCCUGCUGGCAUGCUGCCUACAGCAAGCUAAGAGACCAGGUAGAGAUGCUGACCAGACAGAACAUGGAGCUUCAAGAUGAGCUCAGAGUUUCAGAGCAUCAGAGGCUGAAAGUGGAAAAAAUUCAAUCACCAGGUGAUUUAAACCACCUAUCUCAGACACUUAUAUCAGGACAAAUGGUACCUCUUGCAGAAGCUAUUUUGCGAGAGACAUCAUCUUCAUCCAAACAAGAAGAAAGAUCUUGGAGAGACAGUCAUAAAAGCUACAGCAUCACCCCUGUGGGGAUGAAGACAUCUUUGCAGAAACCCUUCUUCAUAAAUAUGAAUAGCAAAGCACUAAAAAGCUCUGGGCAAAGGACUGAGUGUUUAAGAUCGGUAACAAAGGAACAUCAGGAAAAGAAAUCAUCUAAUUGCUUCCUUAGCAGAAGCACGACACCCACUGGCAGGAGAACACCUCACCAAGGAAGAGUAACACCUUUUGAGCCAGAAGAAGUUGCACAUCCGCCCUCUCCUAUGGAGAAGAGGACAGAUGAUAGAAAAUCACCUGGAGCUGUCUCACAUCCAGGUGGUUUUAAGGAGCCGAACUCAUUUUCUUAUGUAAAAGGUAGCUCAGAAGAAAUGCCCUUCUCACAUAACCAGAACGGUGACACUUGUAGCUUUACAUUCUGCAGUAACAAUGGAGAAACACAGGCAGAAGAGGAUCUUAGAAAGACAGAAAAAAUGCGUAAACCUUUGAAUAAAGUGGCUUUUGUGACCACUAACGGGAGAAAUGGCAUAAAUGCUUAUGACAGCAAAGUACUUGCAGAGAGUUCUCCUACUUUUUUGGAGGCUGAAGCAAAGAUACUGCCUCCAAAAUCAAUAUUGUCUAGAAGGUCAUUGUUACACAAGGAAAGAAGAAAAAGUGAGGAAGAUGUACAGGAAAAAACAGAGCAUCGUGAUGGAAAGGUAGAAGAGGUGCUUACUGAUGGACGUGGAAUCAUCACCUUCCGCGAUGGUACCAAAAAAGAGAUCAGUGCUGAUAAAAGGAUGACAGUGGUUAGCUUUUUCAAUGGAGAUGUAAAGAAGAUCAUGCCAGAUCAGAGGGUGAUUUAUUAUUAUGCAGAUGCACAGACAACCCACACUGCUUAUCCAAAUGGCCUGGAGGUGCUGAAGUUCCCUAAUAAUCAGAUAGAAAAACAUCAUCCUGAUGGCACACAAGAAAUUACAUUCCCAGAUCACACAGUGAAAUGCCUCUAUAGUGGUGGACUUGAGGAAACUUUUUUCCCAGAUGGUACAGUAGUAAAAGUAGAAAAGAAUGGAGAUAAAAUAAUGGUAUUCAGUAAUGGUCAGAAGGAGAUCCACACUGCACAGUUUAAGAGGUGGGAGUACCCAGAUGGCACUGUAAAGACUGUCUACUCCAAUGGCAGACAGGAAACCAAGUAUGCUUCUGGACGGGUUCGAAUCAAAGAUGAGGAGGGUAAUAUCAUUCUACGUAAGAAGUGAUUCCUCGCCUUGAAGGGCAGUGCUGUACGUAUGUGGCUCAACCCAGUUUCUCUGUGGGAUUUAAUAUAUCCACCCCUUUGACAUGUAUGGCUGUUAAUAUGGAUCUUUCCUUAUAUCCCUGAUACUUUUCUGUUCCUUGAAAUAUUUAAAGUUGCAGCAGUGAAAACUACCACUUCUGUUGAAAUAAAUUAAGGAUAAAACUCUUGAUAGACUGUGUUCUCUAUAUUUACAAAUUAACAUAAUAUGACACAAAAUAUAUAUAGAUAGAUAGAUAGCUGAGUGGAUGGAGAAUUCUUUACCUCUGUGUGCUGAGGUUAUGGAAUAAGGGGAAGGACUGGAAGGCUGAGCAUAAGGUUAUUUUGCCUAGAUUGCUUUAGAGCAUAGGGUCAAAAUCAAUGAGGAAGAUUUAAGCCUUGUGAAAAUGGAUGGAUGGAUCUGCAGGGCUAAAAUUUACUUUGGUUCAGUGACUGGUGCUUACUUUGGAGUAAACACCCCUUCCUUUUUACCUGAAUGAAAUGUCUCUUGAGUGAGACUUUAGAGAAAGACAGUCAUGCCCUCUCUGUGUAACAUUAAAAUGCAUGUGGUACUUCUCAUCAAAGUGUUUGUUCCAUGAUACUGGUCACAUUUUCCCUUUUUGUUUUUGUGCUAGUUGGUUACAAAAGUGAUUGCAAUUAAGGAGUAUGGCUUAAGAACCUCAAAUCUAUAAAGCAUUUGGGGUUCUAUGGAGGAAAAAGAUAUCAAAUCAGUGUGAAGUUUUACCAUUCUUACUGUUUCGCAUGGUAGGUCCAGUUCAUCAGUCGAAAAUAUAAUGUGAUCUUUAAUGUAAAUGCAGCUUCUUAGGGUUAAAGAGAACCAAGGUUUUCAUGGGUCAGAUCAUUCUCGGGGGAGAGCACUGUUAACUGUUGAGCAGAGGUGAACUGACUGAUCUCAGAAGAGGAUCUGGACCAGUAUCAUCUCAUUUGGGCAAAUAUAUAUUCUUUAUCAUCUCUCUUUCAAAUUAAAUGACUUCUGUCCAGUUUUCAGAAUCAUUUGCAGGAUCAAACAUUGGGCUAGACCGCAGAAGUACUUAGGAACUCUUUCCAUUAUAUUGCCAGUGCCACUACCCUUUUGUUGAAUGGCUCAGUGCCUCCAUUGCUUUCUCUGGAAUCAGAAGAUUUGAGUUGCAGUUUCCUCAGAGAGGGUAAACAGAGGAGUGCCUGAACAGAGAUGUAGUCUGGAUACCAAGUUGCAUGACACUUUCAAGGCCAAAGUAUUUUGGAGAGCUCAUAGAACUGAACUUUUGGAACGUGGAAUAAUCUAAUUAGAUAUUGGGAAAAAGAUUUUACCACGAGGGUCGUCAAAUACUGGAAAAGGCUGCCCAGAGAGGUUGUGGAAUCUCCAUCCUUGGAGGUGUUCAAGACUUGACUGGACACAGCCCUCAGUAAUCUGAUCUAAUUAGACCUGCUUUGAGUGGGGGGUUGUACUGAAUGGCAUCUGGGAGUCCCUUCCAACCUCAAUUAUUUUAUGAUUCUGUGACCAUAAUCUGAUAGUCUGUUGCAUUUGAACUAAAAAAUUAAUGUUUAUUCCAUCCUGGUCAUUAUUCCAGAUGAAACAACCCUUCCUUUUUUCCCCAGCAGACUUUCUCCCAACCUCAUCUGUGUUGUUUUGCUUUUGAAUUAACGUCCUCCACUACUGCCUUUAUUCUUCUGGUACUGUAGAAAUAUUUCUGGUCAGUGAAUCUCUCCCGCUUCAAGGCUCUUUGGAUUGCAGUUCAUACCUAGGGGAAUUAAUCAUUCAGCAGAUGCUGCUUUCAGCUGCCUUCCCCAUAGACUGUCUGUCCAUCAUAUGUCUUGAAUUUUUCGAAAGCACUGAAGCAUUUCCCCUGUAGAGCUCAGCUCAUUACCUGCCCAGUGACUGAGAAGACCAAUUAUCUCCUCAUGACCUUCAAAUUCCUUUUGCAACAAACACACUUUCAGAGCGUGCCGCUUGCCUUUUCUCACACCUGAAUGCAAAAUAACUACAAGAUUAUGGAAUUGCUCUUUCUUGUGUUCAGUUUCCAGUGGUCAGACUACCAACAAAUCAGCAUUCAAAUUACAAAACAUCUUUGGAAGUUACAGAUUUAAUAGAGUAAGAAGUGUUAUUAAUAUUGAACAUACACAUGCUGCAGUAUAUGAAUUGAAUUAUGGUGUUCUAAACAUCCAUGCAGUUUCAUGUCAGCUGGUGUGAUAACGUAAUUGCAUUGGUUUUCCUUUACGCCUGUAUAACAAAGAAAUUAUUAAUAAACCUGUGGUUGUCACUACUGUGAUAUUUAAUACAUUUUAUGUGCUUUGUAAAAGGAAACUCUAAUUAAAAAAUUCUGAGAGAUCA